AUGAUCUGCGGUAUAUGCGGCGGUGAAUUUCUUGAGCAAUUGACGGCUCCACCUCCUCGCCCGCAACCUCGGAUUGUACAUCAUCCUGCUGGCAGGGUACAUUAUCAUCAUCAUCACCAUCAUCAUCCACCUACACAACAUGCUCACGUUCAUUUACCACAAGGCCCAAGUCAGACAUCACCGGAGAACUUCCUUUCAUCUCUUAUGGGAAUGUUCAACACUUUAUCACAAGGUCCUCCACCUUCUUCAUCAUCAUCACAGAAUGGUAGUGAGACAGAGGGCAACGCUCCAUCUGCCGAAAACGGUCGUCCACAGGGCCCACAAAGUGUUACAUUUUCACUUGAUCAGGCCAUGCAAAUGCACCCGAUCCUAAGUCAAGUUCUUGCAACGCUGGGAAAUCCAAACAUGCAAGUGCGCAUACACAUUGGAGAUGAUGGAGAUGGAACAAUGCAUGGAGCGUUUGGCGACUAUGUAUGGGGCGAUAGUGGUAUGGAUCGCAUUGUGACCCAGCUUCUUAAUCAAAUGGAUGGAAAUAUGAGACCAGUUGGUUUGAAUGAUCAGCAGAUGAACAGACUACCUAUCAUCAAGGUGACAAAAGAACACGUCGAGAAGGGCACUCAAUGCACUACUUGUUUUGAAGAUUUCAAACUU